CCUACAUUAAUCUUCCUAGUUCAAUCUGCAGAAAUGGCUCAAACCAGUUUCUGCCUUCUCGCCGCCGUCCUCCUCCUCCUUCUGGUGGUUUUGGCCGAGGGAGGACCUCCUAAACCUAUGAAAGUGAAAUGCCAAGACAGGAAAUUCCCCAGUUGUUAUCACAAAGACCUUUUCUGCCCUAUCACUUGCCCACGUACAUGUAUAGCUGACUGUGACUCAUGUCAACCUGUUUGUGUUCCACCACCACUUCCACCACCAAAACCUCGUUCACCUAAGAAAGUGAAAUGCCAAGACAAGAAAUUCCCUAGUUGUUAUCACAAAAGCUUUGCCUGCCCUGUCAACUGCGCACGUACAUGUGUAGCUGAUUGUGUCUCAUGUCAACCUGUUUGUCCUGUUACAACACCACUUCCACCACUAUCUCCUCCAUUGAUUCCGUCGCCGCCUUCUACCCCAAAUUCACCACCACCUCCACCACUAGCUCCACCAUUGACUCCGUCGCCUCCUUCUACUCCUAACUCACCACCACCUCCACCAUUGACUCCGUCGCCUCCUCCUACCCCUAACUCUCCACCACUUCCACCAGUACUAGCUCCACCAUUGGCUCCGACUCCUCCUCCUACCCCUAACUCACCACCACCACCAGAUCAAGAUGCAGGUGGAAAGAGAGUUUAUUGCAAGAAUAAGUUGUACCCUCAAUGCUACCGCCAGGAGUAUCAAUGUCCUAGUGAUUGUCCCGAUACUUGUGAAGUUGAUUGUGUCACUUGUAGCCCUGUUUGCAACUGCAAUAAGCCAGGGGCUGUUUGCCAAGAUCCAAGGUUCAUAGGAGCAGAUGGACUUACAUUCUACUUCCAUGGCAAAAAAGAUCAUGAUUUUUGCUUAGUGACCGAUUCCAAUCUUCACAUCAACGCUCAUUUCAUCGGUAGGAGAAAUGAAAACAUGAAGAGAGAUUUCACUUGGGUACAAUCUCUUGGUAUUCUUUUCAACAACCAUCAACUUUUUAUUGGUGCCAAGAAAACAUCAACCUGGAACGAUGCAGUUGAUCGCCUAGACUUAACCUUUGAUGGACAACAAAUAUUUCUUCCUGAUCGUGAAGGAGCCAAGUGGGAACCAAUAUCAGCUCGAGGAGUUUCAAUUUCAAGAAUCCGCGAUACUAAUUCUGUUGUGAUUGAAGUGGAAGGGAAUUUCCAGAUAAAAGCUAGAGUGGUACCAAUUACUGAAACAGAUUCAAGAAUUCAUAAUUAUGGUAUCACAGAGGAAAAUUGCUUUGCUCAUUUAGAUUUGAGCUUCAAGUUUUACUCAUUGAGUGGUAGGGUAAAUGGAGUUUUGGGACAGACUUAUGCAAGUAAUUAUGUGAGCAGAGUGCAGAUGGGAAUUGAAAUGCCUGUUUUGGGUGGGGAGAAAGAAUUUUCCUCCUCAGAUCUUUUCUCAACUGAUUGUGCUGUUUCAAGAUUUAGUGGCACUCAAAUUGAUGAUAGCGCCACAGAAGAGUUUGAUCAGUAUGCUGACUUGAAGUGUGCAAGUGGUAUGGAUGGAAAAGGAGUUGUGUGCAAGAGAUGAAUAAUAUUGUCGUUAGUUUCAUUAUCCUUAUGAUGUCGCAUAAUUAGAUAACUUCAUUGUUGUUGUCAAACCACAAUAACUAAAGAUACCAAAUACUAUUACAUUAUUUUAACGAAAUUAAGGAAUAAGAUUAUGAUCUAUUGUAAUAAAGCUGCACUGAAUUAUAUGAGUAAUAAAAGCAUAAGUACUACUUGUUUA